CCUUCCCAUAAGAUCGUUUCAAUUGCAUACAAAUCCUUAUAUUAUUUCUAUAAUUUUGGUUAUACGUGUAUCUUUGACGUGCUUGGAAAAAUGCCCAUAAGACCACUUUCAACGGAAUUGCAGGAAAAAGCAGUUAAAGAGCUUAAUGAAGAACCAGGCAAGCAACAUGAUGCACUAGAGAAUAUUAGAGAAUGGCUGAAAAAACAACCACAUUUAAACGUCAGAGAAGACGAUCAAACAAUGGUUGCGUUCUUUCGUGGAUGCAAAUGGAACCUUCAGCGGGUAAAAGAGAAACUCGAUUACUUCUAUUCUAUAAAAUCAUUUGUACCAGAGUUCUUUGACGAUAGAAAUCCAUUUUCGCCUGCAGUACAGGACGCACUGAAGGCCGGGGCGGUGGUGCCUGUACCUAAGGUGGACAGUUAUUUAGGUCCUAGAAUUGUAUUGUUCAUUAUGAAGAAUGGUAGAAUGAACGGCAUUUCAUUCGCUGACAUGCUAAAGGUAUUUUUUAUGACGGUGGACAUAUUAAUGCAGGAAGACGACAAUUUCGUUAUAUCGGGAAUUUGUUUAUUGGUAGAUCAUAGUGACCUACCACUGGAUUACUUUUUGCAGUACACGCCGUCAAUUCUCAGGAAAUACGUUAUGUGUGUUCAGGAUGCCUACCCAUUGAGAAUUGACAGAAUCUUUGGCUUUAGUUCACCAACGGUGUUCGCAACUCUGUACAACGCUUUGGCUAAACCAUUUAUUUCCUCUAAACUGCAACCAAGGGUCAGUGUUCUCAGCGGCGACGCAUCAGAAACACUGCCAAGUAUUUUGUCCAAAGAGCUGUUACCAAUAGAAUACGGUGGAACUAACGGAACGGUUCGCGAUGCAGCAGAUGAAUGGAAGACCAAGGUUGAAAGUUACAAGGAAUGGUUUCUUGCCGAUCCGAACUACAUUACCAAUGAGCAACUUCGUCCACAGAAGCUAACGCACUUUGAGGAGAUAUUUUGCCCCGAUGGAACUUUCAAAAAAUUAGAUAUUGAUUAAUUCACACUCUGCAAGCUGCAACUUUUUAUUUUGGAAAUGUAAACAAAUUAAUUUGUAGAAUAGCAUAUCUAACUUUAAAUUAGAAAAUUUAGGACAGGGCAACGUAUGGCAUGCUUUAACUAUAUCCAUGAAUACUUUAUCACUUUUUA